GGAGCUGUGUUGGACAGCAGGAGGAGCCGACCACCGACAGAAAAGACCGAUUCAAAGAAAGAACCCGAGUGAUACCCUGAUGCUGAACACCAGCGACGGGAAGAAAAGGGUAAUUGUUUAUUUCAACGUUUGGUUUGAACGCGGAUUUACAGGAAAUCUACGCAGGAAGCUCCGCAGCCCGAAAAUAGAGAGAGGAUAUUGAGAGAGGGAUUCAACAUGUUAUUGGAGAGAGUGACUUUGCACUGGCAGCCUCAUCCAUGUUAAUGUAAUGGAAACGUGCUCCUGGUCAGCAGCGUCUGAAAUGCAUCAGUGGAAAUAUAUGAGGAACCCCCAUGGCUAAUCAUAUGAAGUGGUGCUGGCUUGGCUUUGCCUCUCAAGAGUCGGGUGCCCUGCCCUUCCCGGCCCAGCGCCAUGCUAAGACAACACAUGGACAAUAACAAGGAGCGCUCAGUUCAACCGGUGGGAAAGCUGUGGAAAAAGUUGGUGGAAAAUCUACAGUUUGAGUCCCAAUGUCAGUCUUGUUUUUUUUAUUAUUAUUAUUAUUUUGACCUAGAUUCCCUGUAACACACAGUAGCCAUCUGAAGAAAAGCUCCUUUAUUCUCUUCCACUUCUACUCUAAGUUGCACCAACAUUGAGAUUGUAGGGGAACAUUUACAGCUGAGAAAAUGGAUGUUCAGAUUUACAGCCGCCUUCUGUUUAAAUUAAAAAUGCAUGGGGGAAAAUAAAGGGACCCAUAUGAGCAGGAGGAAGAGGCGGAACGGCAGCAUCAGUUCAAAAUGGCCCAAACCAGUUUGCUGCAGGGAAAACGCUUUUACUGCCGAGAGUGGGUCUUCCACAAGAUCCAGCACUGCCUGCAGGAGAAAACCAACAACCUGAGCGGAGUGAGCAGCACUCCCAGCAAGCAGCCCCUGCCUGUUCCCGGUGGGGGCGUGCCCGUCCCCGGCAGUAUCACGACCGGAUCGGCCAAGUCCGGUAGCUCCUGGGGGGUGUUACUGGUGGGAGGACCUGGGAGUGGGAAAACUGCGCUGUGCACGGAGCUGCUGUGGCCCACAUCAGCCCAGGGAACGUACCGCAGUCUGCACAAGCAGAGCCUGGCUUUCCACUUCUGCCGGGCCGAUGACUCGGACACGCUGUGUGUCGGUGGAUUCAUCCGGGGUCUGGUGGCCCAGAUAUGCCGAGGCGGGCUGGUGCCGGGUUACGAGGAAAAGGUCUGCGACCCGGCUGUGCAGAGCACCCUGCAGCCUGGGGAGUGUGAGAGGAACCCAGCAGAAGCUUUUAAGAAGUGUGUCCUUCUGCCUCUGCUGAGCGUAAAGCCACCUCCGCAGUCCUUCUUCCUGCUUGUCGACUCUAUUGAUGAAGGCUCCCAGCUGGGUGAGGUGGAGCAGAGGUCGUCGCCAGGGUCUCCCAGGACAAUUGCCGAACUCCUCGCCAGUCACCAUGAGUUUCUGCCUCCUUGGCUGCUGCUCAUCUGCUCUGCACGCAGGCAGAACAAAGCCAUCACCAAACUCUUCACAGGAUUCCGCAAAAUCAGUCUCGAUGAUCUGCGGAAGGCCUACAUCGUCAAGGAUGUGCAGCAGUACAUCCUUCACCGGCUGGACCAGGAGGAGGCUUUGAGACAGCACCUAACCAAGGAGACCGCUGAAAUGCUCAACCAGCUUCACAUCAAAAGCAGCGGCUGUUUCCUCUACCUGGAACGUGUUCUGGAUGGCGUAGUGGAGAACUUCAUCAUGCUUCGGGAGAUCCGUGACAUCCCAGGCACUCUCAAUGGCCUCUACCUGUGGCUUUGUCAAAGGCUGUUCGUCAGAAAACAAUUUGCCAAGGUUCAGCCCAUUCUUAAUGUAAUCUUGGCAACUUGCAGGCCACUUACAGUCAAAGAACUGUACCACGCAGUCUGGACCAAAAACAUGACACUGACUAUGGAGGAGUUUCAGAAAAAGAUGGACAUUCUCUCCAAGUUGUUGGUCGAUGGCCUUGGGAGUACUAAAAUCCUUUUCCACUACAGUUUUGCAGAAUGGUUGCUGGAUGUGAAGCACUGCACCCAGAAGUAUCUGUGCAAUGCAGCAGAGGGUCAUCGGAUGUUGGCCAUGAGCUACACCUGUAGAGCAAAGCAGCUGAAGCCUCUGGAAGUUCAGGAAUUUGCUCUGCACCUUGUCAACUCUAACUUGCAGAUUGAGCCCUGUAAUCUUGCUCUUUGGAUGGUCUGGAAUGGAACUCCCACUAAAGACUCUCUGAGCACCUCCAUACCAAGAGAGCAGGAAGUUCUGCAGCUUCUGGUCAAAGCUGGUGCUCAUGUGAACAAUGAAGAUGAUCAUGCUUCAUGCAUUGUACAGCAAGCUCUAGAGCGAGAGGACUCAAUAAGAACAUUACUUGACAACGGGGCUUCUGUAAACCAGUGUGACUCUAAUGGCAGAACUCUACUGGCCAAUGCUGCAUACAGUGGAAAUCUUGAUGUGGUUAAUUUGCUAAUAUCUAGAGGGUCGAACAUGGAGUUGGAAGACAACCAUGGACAAACGGCGCUUACUCUGGCUGCAAGGCAGGGUCAUACCAAAGUGGUCAACUGCCUUAUUGGUUGUGAAGCAGACAUAAACCACACGGAUCAUGAUGGGUGGACCGCGCUCCGCUCUGCAGCUUGGGGCGGACACUCUGAGGUUGUGUCUGCUCUUCUUUAUGCUGGAGCCAAAGUGGACUGUGCUGAUGCAGAUGGUAGAACUGCACUGAGGGCGGCAGCUUGGGGAGGCCAUGAAGAUAUUGUGUUAAAUCUUCUUCAGCACGGAGCCGAAGUCAACAAAGCAGACAAUGAAGGAAGAAAGCUGCGGCAUAUGGGGCACAGAGAAAUGGAGCUGGACCACGGAGCUGAAGUUAAUCAUGAAGAUGUUGAUGGGAGGACUGCCCUGUCUGUGGCUGCUCUCUGUAUUCCUGCUAGUAAAGGUCAUGCAUCUGUUGUGAGCCUUCUGAUUGACAGGGGAGCAGAGGUUGAUCACUGUGACAAAGACUGCAUGACUCCUCUGCUUGUGGCUGGCUAUGAAGGACAUGUGGAUGUGGUUGAUUUGCUCUUGGAAGGCGGCGCUGAUGUGGAUCACACAGACAAGAACGGGCGCACCCCUCUCCUGGCAGCUGCAUCAAUGGGUCAUGCGUCUGUGGUCAACACGCUACUUUUCUGGGGAGCCGCUGUGGAUAGCAUUGACAGCGAGGGAAGGACGGUGCUGAGCAUCGCCUCGGCUCAGGGAAAUGUGGAGGUAGUCCGAACUCUGCUGGACAGAGGGCUGGAUGAGAACCACAGGGAUGACGCAGGCUGGACCCCGCUACAUAUGGCUUCGUUUGAGGGCCACCGGCAAGUGUGUGAUGCUCUUAUUGAACAAGGUGCUCGCUGCUCAGAGGUGGAUAAUGAUGGUAGAAUACCACUGAUAUUGGCUGCACAAGAAGGACAUUAUGACUGUGUGCAAAUUCUCCUUGAGAACAAGUCGAACAUUGACCAGAGGGGGUACGAUGGAAGGAAUGCACUCAGGGUAUCUGCACUUGAAGGCCACAGAGACAUUGUUGAACUGCUGCUGAGCCAUGGUGCUGAUAUAGAUUGUAAAGACGCAGAUGGUCGCCCGACACUCUACAUAAUGGCACUUGAAAAUCAGCUGGCCAUGACGGAGUAUUUUCUUGAAAACGGUGCGAACGUUGAAGCUUGCGACACGGAGGGCAGGACAGCCCUCCAUGUAUCCUGCUGGCAGGGACAUAUUGAGAUGGUGAGGCUGCUCAUCAACUACCACACUGACGUGAACGCCUGCGAUAAUGAGAAGCGAUCCGCUCUCCAGUCUGCAGCAUGGCAGGGCCACCCCAAAGUGGUUCAGUUUUUGAUAGAGAACGGAGCGCAUGUGGAUCAUACAUGCAACCAGGGAGCAACUGCACUGGGUAUAGCUGCCCAAGAGGGACACAUCGAUGUCGUGCAGAUACUGCUGGAAAACGGUGCGGACCCCAACCACGCUGAUCAAUUUGGCCGUACGGCAAUGAGAGUGGCAGCCAAAGGCGGCCACUCAAUGAUCAUUAAAAUACUAGAAAAAUAUGGAGCCACAACAUUAAAUGGCUGCAACCCUUCCCCUGUGCAUACCAUGGAAGAGAAAACACCUUUGGCAGUGACUGGCAAAAUGCAUUCUCUCACCAUUAAAUCGAGCAGUUCUGGCAGCACAGGGGUGGGAGACGUUCAGUCAUCUGGACGCGGUCUCCCCGACGGACCUGUCCACGCUUUCAGCUCGCCAUCAGAAUCUCCCGACUCCACUGUGGACAGACAGAAGUCAUCCCUAUCAAACAAUUCCCUCAAGAGUUCAAAAAACUCCUCUUUAAGAACCACGUCAUCCACAGCUACAGCUCAAACUGUACCUAUUGACAGUUUCCAUGGAAUGACAUUCACAGAGCAGAUUCAGCAGCACUCACUGCCUCGGAGCCGAAGCAGACAGUCGAUUGUGUCCCCUUGCUCAACAACAAAGUCCGUCAGUCAGCAGCCAUCAUCUCCAUCCAACGAAUUUGAAUGGUCUCAACUGAAGUCAGGUCUGAAGUCGGCCAAAGGAACUAAGACAGGAAGCGGAACUCAAAAUAGCAAAGCAGCUCUGGGAGACAAAAAGAAAACAAAAAACAGUGGAUCCAGCCAAGGCCAGGUUUUGGAGUACGAGAUGACCCAGUUUGACAAGAGAAUGGCUUUCAACCAGUCAGUUGCCAAUAUUGCAGUGAAGGAUCCUCACUGUAAGAUCAUGAUUGGUGGUUCCAUGCAACAGGACAGAGGCCAGUGCCAAGACCCGUUCUUCAUCCAGCCACAGAGCUGCUCAGAGAAGAAAAGGAAUGGGAUUAUGACAAACCCCAAAUAUCACCUACAGGGCAACCAGGUUUUCUUGGGUCGAGUGUCAGUUCCACGGACUGUCCAGAACAGGGCCCACCAGGAUGUUUUAGAGAACUACCCCAUUGGGGAAACAGAGCUGAGCCUUAAACAAGCCCUGAAGCUGCAGAUUGAAGGAUCCGACCCAGGGUUUAACUACAAAAAGGAGACUCCGUUAUAGCUGAUGUUCUGACCACCAUCCAUCAUGCUGACAUUGGGGAAAAUGUGCCAAAGCAACAGUUUCCGUCUGCAUCACAAAACUACAUUGAAUCCCCCCAUCCUCCCUCCGUGGGACGCCAUAAAACAACUCUCUGCCUGUAGUGUAUGUGAACUGAUAUGUGCCUACAUCUGUUACAGCCUUCUGUUUUCAUUCAAAAUAUCAUUUUAAUUUAAUGUUAUACUAUUUAAUAAGCAGUGUAUGCACUUUUAAAAUAGUAAACUGACAGACAUACAUGUUUUUCCCCUUCACUUUGUAUCCCCUUCAUGUUUUAUGAGCUGUUUGAGAAAAAACAUGCCAAUUCUUCCAUUAUUAUUUUGUAGUAUGGUGUAUUUGUCUCACUGACAGCAGUGUACCAGUGGGUGCAUUGUCCCAAACAGACAGUAACUGAUGUCAUGGUUGUCAUUCAUUGCCUUUCUAGAGACCCCAAAUAAUCUGUGUUACCUUUGAUCAGAGUGCUAAAACCUUUUGUUGCGUGUAACAUUUUAAAAGCAGUUUACUGGGAUAUAAAGUGUAUUUAUUUUUUAGGAAAACAAGCCACUUUUGUUGCAUUUUUAUUUGUGUUGCAUUCUAUCAUGGUGCUGUGUUCAGAAGAUGCCUGCAGACAUUUUGGGACUUUUUUUUUGCCUUUUAAAUAUCUGAGCAGGAGGGAGGUUCAUUUAUAAUGUAAAACAAAUUUGAUUUCGUCCCUAUGGGAUUUUUCUGUUUUUGUAUUGUAUGUGUGUGUGGUGUUUUUAUGUGCAAGAGUAUUUAAGUAACCGUUGUGUAUCGUCAGCAAGGUUUUGGUGCUAAAUGCAGCAGUUUUUUUUUUGUUUUCAUUUAGCAUUUCUCAGCAGCUCUGCAAACAGAACCCUGGCUUUGUUUCUGUAUCAUUUUCAUUAUAUUCUGCUGGACUUUUCAGGGGCGUGACACAAAAAGGUUCAGCCAAUAAGACAGCCCCUAGUUGUUAGUGAUAUUGUUUGAAAUGCAGACUUUCAAGAGCCAAAGUUGAAACAGCAUACACUGUCCCACCUCCUCUUGGAGGAGGAGUUUGGUCAGCAAUGACUUGGAGAGAACUGAAACAUCUGUUUCUCAUGAACUGAGCGGAGCUGCUUUAGCAUUUACAGGCUAUGUCACAUCUUUGCAGGCUUCUCAAAAUGUUCACAGUGAGCUAUAUUUUUGCCAAGAGCUGGUAUUUUGGGGGAAGAAGAAAUCUUAUCGCAUGCACAAACACUUAUAAACCCCCAGUGAAACCUCUCUGUGUGCCACGAAGGGCGAAUGGAAGGAUUUUAGGCAGGAAAUCAUGAUGUAUAGUGUUAUUAAACAGUUCUCUUGUUGGUCUCGAACCUGUUCUGUCUGUCCACUUUGAUUUGACUCAGUGAUUGGAUUGUAAAUAGCUUAUUGUGUACAUUUAACUUUCAUUAAAAUAAUUUCUGUAUUAUACAAAGCUGAAUUUUCUGAUGUAUAUUAAAAGUGCUUAAUAAACAUAUUUGCUUUACUGCUGAAAAAU